AAGGAACUCAAUCUAGACUCUUAUGAUUAUACAUAAAUGACACACAUAUAUAAUAAAUCAAAAACAGGUUGUUUUUUUUUACGUUAAAAAAGUCAUCCAAAGGCACCAGCACUGUCAAGAAAAAAAAACGAUAACGUUCAAACAAAUACAUAUUAAAAUAUUUCAUUUCUUUUUGUUGUUAUUAUUAAAAUAUAUUCCCCCUUUUUGUUAAAAAAAGAAAAGAAAAUCAAAACAUGACUAAGUUAACUGUCUUUUCACAGGAUACACGAGUGUCUUGUUGAUUAUACUGUGCAAGAGGGAGGAGGCGGGAGUGGAUUGGAGUGAACCAUUUUGCGCAGCUAUGUACUCUUUGAUAAUAAGUUUUGCCCACAGUCGACGGCCUGACUACACGCAUACAGAUGUCAGCAGAGUUUCUCAAUCUGUCACAUUUCUAGGUGGAGUGUGUUCUGAGAAAAGGGAAAAUCUGGACACUUCUGUUGGGAUAUUUUUUUCUAUUCCUCCUCAUUUUUAUGAUUUUUUAAUGAACUUCCGAUGCAUCGUUUUAAAUUGCAGCGCAGAGUUAUUCUACGUCUGGUAUAUCUUUAAGUUUUUUUUUUUUUAGUUUUACUUGACAGCAGUGGAACAACACCCAUGCACUUGUGUCCAAAGUUACCAUGCUAAAUCCCGCUAGCCUCUUGCUACUUAACGUAGCUAUGCUUUGUGGAGUGCGGCGAAAAGAACUGUAACUUAGAAGGAACGCUGUGUUUGUUCGGGCGGAGAAGUUAGAAGUAUUUGUUAAAGUUCCUGCUAUCCGAAGGCGAAGCCGUACAUCUGUCAAAAGAGAUGGGACUACACCCGCUGGAAUUUAGUGAGUGCUAUCUGGACAGCCCGAGCUUCAGGGAGAAGAUCAAGGCGCAUGAAGCAGAGCUGGACAAAACCAACAGGUUUAUCAAAGAGCUGUACAAAGAUGGAAAGAACCUCAUUAAUGCGACAAAGCAGCUCGGCAUGGCACAGCGAAAGUUUGCCCAGUGCCUUGGAGAGUUUCAGUUUGAGUACAUCGGAGAUGCAAAGACAGAUGAUGAAAGAUGCAUCGAUGAGUCUGUGCAAGAGUUCUCUUCAUUUCUCAAAAACCUGGAGGAGCAAAGGGAGCUGAUGAUGAAAAACAUCACAGAAACCUUAAUGAAACCUCUGGAAAAGUUCAGAAAAGAUCAGCUUGGAGCAGUCAGGGCGGAGAGAAAAAAAUAUGAAAAGGAAACAGAGAAGUACUACAGCUCUCUGGAAAAGCUUCUGAACAUGUCGGCAAAGAAGAAAGAACCACAGCUCCAAGAGGCAGACAUCCAGGUGGAAACUAUGAGGCAGCACUUUCAGGAAGAGUCUCUCGACUACGUGUGCAAGUUGCAGGAGAUCCAAGAGCGGAAGAAGUUUGAAUGCGUGGAACCUAUGCUGGCCUUCUUCCAGACAGUCUUCACUUUUUACCACCAAGGCUACGAGCUCGCCAAGGACUUUGAAUAUUACAAAAGAGCACUACAGAUCAGUCUUCAGAAUACGAGGAGUCGAUUUGAGGGCGCACGGUCAGAGGUAUACGAGCUAAUGAAAAGGACCAAACAGGUGCCCCAGGAAUACAGACAGACCAGUUCCAUUAGUUGUGAAGGCUACCUUUAUGUACAGGAAAAGCGACCGCCUCCAUUCGGUUCAAGCUGGGUCAAACGUUACUGCACAUUUGUGAAAGAACAGAAGAUCUUACACAUGGUGACUUUUGACCACAGAUCAGGUGGAAAGAUUGGUGAGACAGAGUCGGUCACAUUGAAGUCCUGUCUACGUAAAACCACCGAGACCUUCGACAGGAGAUUCUGCUUAGAACUGGAUAUUACAGACCGGCCCGGGACGGUGUUUACAGUGCAGGCCCUGUCUGAAGAUGACUUCAAGUUUUGGAUGCAGGCCAUGGGUGGGAAGGAACCUAUUGGAUGCUAUCUCGGGAACACUCUCUCAAAAGAACGAGGAAUUGACGCCCAGUUGGAUGAUGUGGGGUUGAAUUUUGUGAAGAAUUCUAUCAGUGCGAUUGAAGGGAGAGGGAUUAACGACCAAGGCCUUUAUAGAGUUGGGGGAGUGAGCUCCAAAGUUCAGAAGCUUCUGUCAUUAAUGAUUGAUGAGAAGAGCAAUGAAGUGGAUCUUUCCGGCAGUGAUGACUGGGACAUUAAGACGAUAACAAGUGCACUGAAGCUUUAUUUGAGGAGCCUACCGGAGCCUCUGAUGACCUACGGACUUUAUAAGGAGUUCAUCAGUCCUGCAAAGGGAGACAGUCCCGAGUCUCGCAACCAAGCCGUCCACUGCUUGGUCCACAAGCUCCCAGAGAGAAAUCGACAAGUCCUCGGGCUGCUCAUGAAGCAUCUGGCCAAUGUGGCGGCGCACAGCAAGCAGAAUUUGAUGACGGUGGCCAACCUGGGUGUGGUGUUUGGUCCGACGCUGAUGAGGCCGCAGGAGGAGACCGUCGCUGCCAUCAUGGAUCUGAAGUUCCAGAAUAUUGUGGUUGAAAUCCUCAUCGAACACCAUGAAAAGAUUUUUACAGAUGCUCCAGAGUUAGAUUCUCCUGCCUCUGAUGCACCCAUAGCCUCUGCUCCCACAAGACAGUCCAAGAAAGUGAGUCGACAGAGCCGCCCCUUGGCUGUCUACAACCCUCAAGUCCUCGACAUUCAGAAUGCGGUGGGGAAUAGCUCCAACCUGGCGACAGAUGAGACAUCAAUGGGCAGCAACGAGUCGGUAUCGUCCCAGUCAUCGACGGCCUCGGCCUCAGAAGUUUCUACAGAGAGGACCGAGCACGCAACUCUUUGUGCCAGCCUCAGCUCAGGCAGCAGCUCCCGAUCCACUACAGCUGCAGCCUGUUCUUCUGCUCCUGAAGCUCCAAGCGAGAGUCCGCCUCCUGCCACCACAGCUGCAUCUGAAAAAGAGAAGGAGAAACCGGAGGAGAGUGUCACUGGCAGGAAAGCCAAGGCGGUGUACCCGUGUGAGGCAGAGCACGACUCGGAACUCUCCUUCCAGGCCGGUGCAAUAUUCAACGCUGUGAUCCAGUCAAGAGAGCCGGGGUGGCUGGAGGGGGAGCUGGAGGGAAAGAGGGGCCUCAUCCCCGAAAACUAUGUGGAGAUGCUGUAAAACCAAAAAAAUGGAAAUAUUUAUGGACACCUUUUCAGGUUCAUCAAGGAUCAUUUUUAAGAGUGUGUUUGCUCAGAAGCCACCGCCGUCCAUUAUUACUGAUGAACUGUUGUGAACACACAAAUAUAUGACUGACAAGUUUGUGCUGCACGCACAAACCACAUUUUUUUUUAUCCAAACAAAAAAAACUGUCCAAAGAUGCACGAUUGUAUUGCAGAACAGAGAUUUCACUGAAGAGUGGUGUGCUAUAUAUGUAUUGCUGCAACAGCCAAGUAAUGUCACAGUGAAACAGAGGAUGGUGUCUGAGCUCCUUCUCCUCUGCCCACUUAUACAUGGUAUCCAUGAGCUCAACCAGAGAUCCUCAGAAAUCCAAAGCAGAAAAUGUCACCGCCGUAACUUUUCAAGGCAGUCCGAGUGUGCCUUAAGCAUCAAAAUACACAUCACGCCGUGGAUAAGAAUGUCCAAUCAUCUUUGAAAGCCUUAUUGUUUUUUUUUGCUUUGCUAUUUUUUUAAGUUUGUUGAUUAUAGAGGCACAUUGAUGUUGUAAUUUUAUUGGCACAGUAUUUGCAUGAGAUUCCAAUUUUAGACACAUUUCUACUGUUUUUUUUUUUGGUGCAGAAACUCUGUGAAACUGACAAACUUGGAAGGACAAACAUAAGAACCACUGCUACAUUUAAAACCAAUUUGUUUGUUUGCUCCUAAUAAGGAUAAUAGAUCAAACACUUCAGUGACGCUGACCUAUGCUUUAGAAACCUGUGCUGUAUCUUCAAGCAUCACACCAUUUAUAUAUAUAUAUAUAUAUAUAUAUAUAUUUAUAAACAAACACCGGUUGAAUUCAUUUCCUAAUUUCGAGUUACAACCAAGUUCAUUUCCUUUAGGGUUUUAAAUUUUGUGGUUUCAAUUGGUUUUAACAUGUUUGCACAGUGUUGCAUGUCAGGCCUUGUUUGCAAAGCAAAAACAUUCAUUUCUCAGAGCGUUUUGCUUCACACAUUGUGUUUUAAAUUGUGGUUACAGUAACUUAAGGAGACAAUUCAAGAUGCUCCAACGGGGCCUCAAGUUUUCCUCGCUUUUGUCUUUUUUUUUUAAAACCUUUGGAGAUCCUGAUCAAUGUCAAAUAAAGAUUUAUUUUCUGUUAUUUUAUUAUGCAUUCUUGCCACAAAAUAAAUGUUCUAAAAUGAACCUUUUCUUUAA